AUGGACAAUAUUCCUCGUACUACCCGCGCACAAUCAAUGGAUGUGCUUAGCUCUCAAGCAAACAUCGCAGGUUAUAAAUCAGUAUUAUUAGCAGCGGCAAAUUAUAGUCGUUACUUCCCUAUGUUUAUGACAGCUGCUGGUAGCAUUCGUCCGGCAAAAGUUUUGAUUCUUGGUGCUGGUGUAGCUGGCUUACAAGCAAUAGCUACAGCCCGCAGAUUGGGCUCCGUGGUAGAAGUAUUUGAUACGCGACCUGCCGUAAAAGAAGAAGUAAAAAGCCUAGGCGCCAAAUUCGUCGAAGUAGAAGGUGCGGCUGACGCCAGUGCUGCUGGAGGUUAUGCUGUAGAGCAAAGCGAAGAAUAUAAACAAAAGCAAACAGCCAUGGUUGCAGACCACGCGAGCAAGGCAGAUAUUAUAAUUACUACCGCGCAAAUACCAGGACGCAAAGCACCGCUUUUGGUAACAGAAGAUACACUUAAUAAAAUGAAAGCUGGCAGUGUAGUGAUAGACUUAGCGGCGAGCACAGGUGGCAAUUGUGCAAAAACCGAAAACAAUAAAACAGUAGAGCACAACGGCAUUACCAUUAUUGGAAACUCUAAUUUGGCUUCUACUAUGCCAUCAGAUGCAAGUAAAUUAUACGCUAUUCUCAUUGUUGCUGUAAUGAUGGGUUGGCUUGCUAGUGCACCGACUCUAUUCUACACUUUACUUGUUGUUUCCGCGCUAUAUGGUAUACUGUUUGUUAUGCCUAUCGGUGGUGCAGAUAUGCCAGUGGUUAUUUCGCUGCUUAAUUCUUUUACUGGUGUUGCAGCGGCCUUUGGUGGUUUUUUAUACGACAAUCCUGUAAUGCUCACUGGUGGUAUAUUGGUAGGAAGCGCCGGUACAAUACUUACAAUGCUAAUGUGCUCUGCCAUGAAUCGCUCAUUGACAAACGUAAUUGUUGGUGCGCUUGGUGGAAAUAAAUCUGGUGGCGGUGCUGGUGUUGACGGAGACCAAUUGCAUAAAGAAAUAAAUGUAAGUGAUACGGCCGUUCUAAUGGCUUACUCUAAAAAUGUAAUUAUUGUUCCUGGUUAUGGACUUGCUGUAGCUCAGGCACAGCAUACAUGCAAUGAAUUAGAAAAAACACUUGAAGAAAAAGGCGUAGAAGUAAAGUACGCUAUUCAUCCUGUGGCUGGGCGAAUGCCAGGGCAUAUGAAUGUUUUACUAGCAGAAGCAGAUGUUCCAUAUGACAAGCUGCUAGAAAUGGAAGAAAUAAAUCCUGAAUUCCCAAAUACUGAUGUUGUACUUGUUUUAGGAGCAAAUGAUGUUGUUAAUCCCGCGGCCAAAACUGAUAGCUCCUCUCCCAUUUAUGGAAUGCCAAUCUUGGAUGUAGAAGAAGCUAAACAUGUAAUAGUAAAUAAGCGAUCUAUGAAGCCAGGCUAUGCUGGUAUUCAAAAUCAAUUAUUUUAUGAGCCCAAGACUUCAAUGUUAUUUGGCGACGCUAAGAAAGUUCUGGGAAAAUCGAGUACUGGCCGCUUAGGGAUUGACAUUCAUGCUACCGCAGGUAUGCCCAUAGGGCAGCUUAUUUAUUUUCCUGUAGAUGGCGUGAUAGAAGUGCCCUACAACAAAAAGAAAGGCGCCAAAUACAGCGGACAACCAAACCGCCCG